AUGCAAAUGCGUUUAUUCGUGCUUAAAUUGUCUUGUGAUGCUGGAUAUCUCAUGUUUUCUUAUGAUUGUUUGCUGGUCUUAUUUUGGAUCCAACAGCCCUCUGGAAGAAUGCUCUUCGCCCAGCCUGUGAUUGUUCCAGGAGAAGUCCUGUUGAACGGAACCUGCAACUCCAUGCCGGGAUGGGAUCCCAUGGGCAUGUGGAACCCGACCGACUAUCACUCCGAUCCUGACUGCCGCCUCAACCCCAUGUACAACGAGCGCGGCAUGGGCGCUUCGUACGGUGGCCAGUACCACUAA